CUGUGUAUUUAAAGGCGGGCUAUGAAUAAAUAGACAUAAAUACACGAUAUACGCCGAGAAGCAUGACAAUAGCACACUUCAAAAAAAAGAAUUGUCACGUAAUUACUUGUCAGCAAUCCACAGUCAUAACUGUUGAUGUUGACAAACACACCUUUAAUCAUCGUGCACUAUAAGUACGCUACACACUAGUGACUGAAGUAUUCAAUCGUGUUACCUUUUCCGGUGCAAUCCCGCAUACUUUAUUUAUCACUCUCUUGUUUAGCCACCUAAUACGAGAUAAAACUUAAUAUAAACACGCCGUUCAUCACAGACAUACAUCUAUACGUACUCAUCAUGGAUAGUCUUGCUUGGAUCUACGAUUUCAUAAUGUCGCUACCCUGUGUUCAGGAAGUUGCGCUGGCCACAGCUUUCUGGUUCUUCCACCAACACAUCGUCAUGUACAGUAUGCGAAGACUGUCCGCCACGUAUGCUGUGCUUUCGAAGGGAGACCAAUUAGAGGUGGCCAUCAGUUGCUGCUCAAUCACACACGCCGUCAUCUCGUUGAACACGAUCCCCGUAUGGCUAUACAAUGAAGAGUUGGCUGUAGAACCUAUGUACGGCCGUAUGCCGGAAUACUACGACCGGUUCCUGAUCUUCACGGUAGGCUACUUCAUGUGGGAUAGUCUGGUGUCUAUAUACCAUGGCCUAGGCGUACCCUUCUGUGCGCAUGCAGUUGCGAGUCUAGGGGUGUUUUGGCUGGGCAUGCACCCGUUUCUGCAGCACUACCUGGGUUUCUUCCUGGGCAUGUUCGAGCUGUCGACACCUUUCUACCACACGCGUAAUAUACUGGGUCUUCUAGGCAAUGAGAAGCACAUCGUUUAUAUGAUCGCAACGGUGUGCUUCUCCAUCACCUUUAUUGUUGUGCGGAUCGGCCUGGGGUUCUACGUAUCCUUCACCUGGUGGAGGCUUAUGUACAACCUCCUACAGAGUGGCGAGGCCCACUCAGUCGCGGUGGUACUAUACUACAUGCUAUGUAAUAUCGUUAUCAUGACCCUGCAGACAAUUUGGCUCAAAGAGAUUGUUAUGGGUGCGGUUGAUCUGUUCUCUGCCAGCAAGGAAGUCGCGUUCAAAGAGAAGCAUCAGGCGUUCAAGUUGGACUGAGAAACCAUGCAUAUCUCUCUGGUAUGGGGUUUACCCUUGCUUCUAUCCUUGGGGUCGAACAAGCUCUUCCUCGUCGAUGGCAAGAGAUCGGAACCAGCUGGUGAUUUGGUCAGUCAAUAGGGUUUGUGCAUUUGCAAUUCCGAGCAGAUAGCAGACAGGGACUCGUGUAUACAUGUGCCGUGGAAACAGCGACCCGAAUACUAAAAAGGAGACUAUGGCGUGCGAGAGGGAAAUUGUGGGGCUGGUCGCAUAGAAACGAUAUCCAGUAUGUGCUGUGGUACUCAGGGAUUUCCCUUCUAUCUGUUGGACAAUCUUUUGGGCGAGCUGGAUGGAGUUAGCUCUGACGUUUGAGACACUAGUAUAGAAACGUUGUACGAUCAUCCUUUAUCGAAAGAGCACUUGGCUGGCCGGGGAGUUGCCUGUAGGGAAGUGUAGUCCGUUGACUUUGUAUAGUGGAAAAGGAAUGGGCGUCGAUAGUGUUUUGAUGUGGACUGUUCGUGUCCUGGCGGCACCUUUUAACGGCUAGUUCAUCCGGUUCGUGAUUAACCUGGCUCAUUCCCUCCUAUCAUGGUUGACUUAUACGAGGUUGCAGCUUCAAAUUAUUACUUUAAAAGUAGUGAAGCGGAACAUGAACAUGAGCGCACACGUUUCAACACUGCUAUGUGACUUAUUAUAAAUUGGAUUGUCGUCGCGUUGGUUCUUGGUUUAGAUAGUAUUUACACUCACGUGAUACUAGGUCGCGUUAACUACUCGCUUGGUGCUAAGGAUGGCAAAUCGAUGUCAACAAAUUUUCCGCUUCAACAUACAGGUUCCUUGGAAACGAUACUACCGGUAAAAAAUAUCGUAAGUGUAACCAUUUGGACCGAUAGCUCCAAUGACUGAAACUUAAAGCUUGAUCAAUAAAGCCAUUCCGUGCGAUAUGUGUUUCCUGA